AUGCGGCGGGUCACGCCACCCCCCCGCGCCCAGCAGGUGGAGCCCAAGGGGUUCCCCAGCAAGGGCGAUAGCGGGGUGACAGGCCCACUUCUGCCCAGGCUACCUCCGCGCGAGCUCGGACCAGCCCCUGGCGCGAAAAGAUGGGGGGACUCAAGGGCCUCCGGGGGUGGUGCCGAGUGGUGGCAGGCCUCCAGCGGCGAGUCGUCGUCCGCAGAGGCUGGGACGGGCGUCUGGAGCUCCCUGCAGCGCCUGCCCACCCUGCGCAUCGUGCAGCAGCGGGCGGCGCCUAACAGGACAGGGCAAAGGUCGCUGCUGCCGCCGCCCCUGAUCCUGGACGGCAUGCCCUGGACACGGGCAUCCCUGCGCCCCGGGUCCGGAGAGUGUGAGGACUCCUGGAGGGGCUCGGCCAGGGAGGCCCAGGACUCCUUGGGUGCCCACCUAGGAGAGUUCCUCCCUAGCAGGUUCCAGAAGUUCCUGUACCAGCUGGGGGCCGAGUGUGUUCAGCAGCCGCCGCCACAGAUAUCAAGGGGUGUGUCAGAGCACUGCCAGCAUCCUCAGUGUCCCAACUGCUCCUUCCUCCCAGACCUGCGGAGCCAGACGUCGUACUUCCAGAAUAGUCUUAAGGAGCGUUUGCUCCAUCAGAUACCUACCCUGGGGCCGCUGAGGAGCGAUCACACACCAUCGACCACGAUCAAAAAGGCCAACAACAGGGCCCACGGUAUACAGGCCCCCAAGCUCAAGGCCGUGCUCACCCACAGCUCCUCUGGGGAAGACUCACGGCAUUGCAGGCGGUAUUGCCCAUUCCGAGUGCGUUUCGCUGAUGAGACCCUACGGGAUAUAGCGCUCCGCUACUGGGAGCGCAGCUGUGCACUCCAGCAGGGCAGCGAGAACGGGCCAGCCACCCAGUCGGCAGCAUCGGAGCGUGUGUUUGACAGUGUCGGGCAAUGGCUGGAGAGUUUGCCCAAAACCCCGUACCCCAGGGCCGAGGAGGAGGCCGUGGCCAGCUCCUUGUUCAGCUGGGACUGCCUGGGCCUGCCCACCCCAGCGUUGCAGGGCCACCUCCCUGAGGACACCUUCAUGAACACCAGCCUGCCCUUCAUCCCCAGUGCCACCCCCCCAAGGCAGCAGACUGACCUCAAAACCUUCCUGGGCACCCACAGCACCUUGGAGCAGGUGUACAAACCACCCUGCUCCUGCAACCAGAAACUGGAGUCCUUCCUGCCCCACUUGUUGCUGCAUAAGGUCCUGAAGCGUGGCCGCCCUAAGGGAUACCAGCCCCUCCUGCCUUCUGUAACGCGGCAUCAGGCUCAGCCAUGA